CACCCAAACCUCCUUUCCUCCAUCUUUGUUUCCCUCUUCUCUUACUUGAACUCAAGAUUAGAAAAAAAAGAACGAAAAAUGCAGACGAAGAAGCUAUUUAUUAUCUCCAUAAUCUCCAUUCUUCUCUAUGCUCCAUUGAUCUUAUCCUCACCAGUACCAGACCCAGAAGCUGUUGUCGAAGAAGUUCACAAGAGCAUUAACGCGUCGGUUGCUGGAAGAAGGAAGCUAGGUUACCUCUCAUGCACCACUGGUAACCCUAUCGACGACUGUUGGAGAUGCGACCCACACUGGGAGACCAACCGUCAACGUCUAGCAGACUGCGCCAUAGGGUUCGGUAAGAACGCUAUCGGCGGCCGAGACGGUCGUAUCUACGUGGUGACAGACUCAGGAAACGAUGACCCAGUGACCCCUAAACCCGGAACGUUAAGACACGCCGUGGUUCAAGACGAGCCGCUAUGGAUCAUUUUCCAACGAGACAUGACCAUUCAGCUGAAAGAAGAGUUGAUCAUGAACUCUUUCAAGACCAUAGACGGUCGUGGCGCGUCGGUACACAUCUCUGGUGGGCCAUGCAUCACGAUCCAGUACGUGACAAACAUCAUCAUACAUGGGAUCCAUAUCCAUGAUUGCAAGCCAGGUGGGAACGCUAUGGUGCGGAGCUCACCACGGCAUUAUGGAUGGAGAACGAUAUCUGACGGUGAUGGUGUCUCUAUCUUUGGAGGGAGUCAUGUUUGGGUUGACCAUUGUUCGUUAUCUAACUGCGAAGACGGGCUUAUUGAUGCUAUAAUGGGCUCCACGGCUAUUACUUUGUCUAACAAUUACAUGACGCAUCAUGAUAAGGUCAUGUUGCUUGGUCAUAGUGACACUUACACUCGUGACAAGAAUAUGCAAAUCACCAUUGCUUUUAAUCAUUUUGGUGAAGGCCUUGUUCAAAGAAUGCCAAGGUGUAGACAUGGGUACUUCCAUGUGGUGAACAAUGACUAUACACAUUGGGAGAUAUUUAGCAAAGAAGUGACUAAGCAUGAGGACGCCCCAGAGAGUGAGUGGAAGAGCUGGAACUGGAGAUCCUCUGGUGAUUUAUUGCUAAACGGUGCGUUUUUUACUCCAUCCGGUGGUGCUGCCUCGUCUAGUUAUGCCAGGGCUUCGAGUCUUGGGGCUAGACCUUCUUCUCUAGUUGGACCAUUGACGGUGGGCUCUGGUGCAUUGAAUUGCCGUAAGGGUUCCCGCUGCUGAUUGUGGCCUUUAGUGGCUCACUUAAGUGUACUUAGCCAAUUCAAAAGCAUUAUAUAGAAAAGGCAAUUAAAGCCAAAGUUAUAACUUUCUUUUGAUUUUUCUUCUUUUUGAGCUAAAGUUAAGGAGGAUAAAACCUCUGGCUUCAGUGCUCAUAGGACCCAUCUAAGGAGUUUCUGUUUUAAGGUAUCUUUUAUUAGGUUAGUAACAAGUGCAGAUGUAUUGAUCCUCUUAUCAAAUAUAAUUUAUAUCUGCUG